UAAACCAGUGGUUCUCGUUAUGGAUGGAAAUUUAGGGUCUUCAGCAGACUGGGUUGUAACUGGUCCCAGUAAUGGUUUAGCUUUUCUUUUGGCUGAUAGCGGCUACGAUGUAUGGCUCGGAAAUAAUCGAGGGAACACUUACUCUAAAAAUCACACGAUGUUUCUGGAAACAAGUUACGGAUUUUGGGAUUUUGGUUGGUAUGAAAUGGGAAUAUAUGAUUUGCCAGCAAUGAUAGAUUUCAUUUUACAAAUUACUGGCCAGAAGCAACUUUUCUACAUAGGUUAUUCACAAGGAGGGACUCAAUUCUUCGUUAUGAAUUCAAUGAAACCCGAAUAUAAUGACAAAAUUCGUUUAGGAGUGACAUUUGCUCCAGCAGUAUUCCUUGGAAAUACAAAAGGAGCAAUAAAUUUGUUAUCAAAGCUAUCCUACCCUAUAGGAAGUAUUUUGGCUGGGUUGGUUCCUUACUUUCCUGCUGGAUGCUCUACGAAGCAGUUGCUUCAUUUUGGAUUUGGAUUUGAAAAUCCCAAUACGUUUCGCCAAUACGACUAUGGAGUAGCUAAAAAUUUGUUAAAAUAUAAAUCAGUAACUCCUCCAGAAUAUCCCCUGGAAAAGGUUACAGUACCUGUAGCUAUUUAUCAUGGAACUAACGACUUCUUAGUUGACCCAAAGGACAUCAACUUGCUUGAAAAUAAACUGAAAAAUAUUGUUCGUGUUUCAAUCUGCAAUGCAAGUUUAAAUCAUUUUGAUUUCAAUUAUGGUAGCCACAUACGUAUGGAAGCAUACAAUGAUGCUCUGAAAUUGCUGGAAGGGUACUAA